AUGACCGACGAGUGUCUACCACGAUUACGUGUGUUUUUGGAGGUGUCACUACUAUCGUUGCUCGUUGUCACUGCCUUCGCGCUGUGUCGAUUCACUACCAAGACUGAGGAGAUCCCAUCGAAAUUCGACGUUAAUGCUCUUUACGACCACGUGAGACCCACGUUCCGACGCAGCGUGGCAGCAACAGUGGUGGGGCUCGAGAUGUGGGGCGUAAUGGGCCUCGUAUUGAGCAUGCAGCACGGCUGUCUAGCUUCGCACUGGCUAGUAGUGCUCUGUCUGUCGUUAUCUGGCGGAUGUGUGUUGGUAGGGACGUGGCUGGGUGUACGGGAGACGCUCUUCACCAUCGAAUGCGAUAUCUUGACGAUGAUCUGGUGUCUGCGUUGCUCGUGCUGCUCGCGUCUGACCAAGCGAGCGUUAUUGCUGCCCCCAUUGGCCUUGUUGGUGACGCUCAACGUCGCGUCCUGCCUUGAAAGCCGUACUGCUGAAGCGUGCAACACAUCGGAGCUGCUGUCACCACAGACCUUUUUCUUUGGAGCCGCAUCUGUGUUCCUGGCCAUGUUAAUUGCAACGAUGUUGGCUAUCGUCUGUCCGCUCGUAUCACGUAGGUGUCGUACAGGGUCCUCGCGGCUCGGCAAGGCGUUGGUAGCACUGGGACUCGCCACGUUCGCUGUUAUAUCCAUCGCGUGGGCUAUCGUCGGUUCCAUGAGCCUCGUUGGUCAACGAAACGAAGUAGAUCUGGGCACGGUGUACGCCGAAAGCUGCUGGGACGACGUUGAAGUGCUUCAUGCGGCUCAAUGGAGUACCGUACAACUGCUAGUCGUGGGUUGUCUUCUUCUCUUGACCACAUUCUGUUGUCGACUUGAAAACUUCUUCCUUGCGGCGAAUGCACCCGAAAUCGACAUGGCAGCACUUUCACCCAGACUCGCGACGAUCAAAAGUCGAUUUGAUACAGAUGAUAAGAAGCUUUCAGAAGCAAUAAUAGCUGAAGAUGCGACUGUGGUGUAG